UACUUCAAGUUGUGUAAGGAGGUCUGUUCCACGUUUGUGAUAUAGUUAAUCGUCAUCCCUGUUGCAGAUUCGUAUCAGUCCUCGCUGUUCACCGGUAACAGCUGCGCUUCUGUCUCCCGAGACUGGACUUCGUACUCCUUUGAAAACGAUUUGCAUUUGUUAGUUGUUUGUGUUUUUGUUAAAAGCCUGUUUGUUCGUCGAGGCAGCAGUUAACCCUACGAGUGCCUAAGAUGACCAGUUAACUUUAUCCAGAGAGUAAAGAAAUGGAAUUUCAUGAAAAAGUGGCUGACACAUUCCUGUACUGGGACAAUGGAGCAAGGAGAGGAGCAGGGCAACUCGACCUCCACCAAUGGUAGCACUCCGUCAGGGGGUAACUCCCGCCCCCCUCAGAUAGCUCAAAUGUCUUUGUAUGAAAGACAAGCUGUACAGGCCCUUCAGGCUCUACAGAGACAGCCCAAUGCAGCGCAGUACUUCCAGCAGCUCAUGCUGCAGCAGCAGAUCAACAGUGCACAGCUGCACAACCUCGCUGCCGUGCAACAGGCCACUCUUGUUGCCAGUCGCCAAUCCAGUUCCCCUAGCAACAGCGUCUCUGCAGCUACUAGCGCGACACAGUGCACGGUGAAUUUAAGCACCACCUCUGGUGGUGGCACUAUGACAAAUCCCCGCCCAAUGGGCCCUGUCACAUCGGCAACAUCGUCAGCUCUUAGCCAAUCAGUGUUGCUGGGCGGGAACUCAGCCGGGCAAGGGCAGAUGUACUUGAGGGUUAACCGCUCUCUGAGGGCUCCUCUCACCCCUCAGCUCAUCUUCAUGCCUGGUGGCACAGCAACAGCUGCUGUGGCAACUGUUACCCAGCAACAACCCCAGCAGCAACAACAACCACAACAGCACCAACAAGAAGUCCCUCCCUCCUCUUCAACUAACCAAUCAGAUAAUGACCAGGUGCAGAACCUGGCCAUGCGCUGUGUGUCCACACCCCGUGUGGCUGCUGUUAAGACGGAGUUCCCCGACAGGAAGGACACAGGGUCAUAUGCGCUCCCCCCUCAACAGCAGCCGUUUGCUUCAUCAGCACCGCCUCUGCCGAGCCCCAAACUCUCCACCUACGCCUCCCCCAGCCCCUCGCCACUCACCUCCAUCAACGUUAAGGCUCCCAACCAGCCAGCAGGGAGCGCCACGGCAUCCGCCACACCACCCUCCUCUUCCUCCUCCUCCUCCUCUCUCCCCCUCUCUCAGCUCCUUCUCUCUCCAUCUAAUCUGUGCCAGGCGAGAGGCGUGGCCACGUCCUCCGCCACUGUGACACACAUCCUGGUCCCGACGUCAAGCGUUCCCACAUCCUCCCAGGGCUACCCCGUGGCGUCGGUGGCGCCCAAAUCCAACAUGGCGGCACAGACGCUGGUGGUGCAGCCACUGCAGCAGUCCGGAGGACACCUGGGGGCGGAGAAAGCGUCACAUGGGGCGGGGCCUGUGCCCAUCCAGCCUAAGACGGUCCAGAGCCACCGGCUGCCCACACAGAUGUCGCCACGGCAACCUCCCCCCAUCCUCCCAGCCCCAGUCAGUGGGGGCCAGGUCACCGGGGCACAUCACCCACCCCAUGUCCCAGUACAGCUAGUGGGAGCCAGGCAGGGGACCCUGGGAAACCCCCAGGCAUUAGCUGUGGCCCAGGCCCGGAACUGCUGCUCCCACCAGGAUGGUGCAGCUGUCAACAACUCUGCCGGAGGUGUAGUUUCCAUGGUGACGGCCAUGGAAACAGGUGGUGCAGGGAUGUGCCUUAAAACAGCCCAAAGUGCCCUGCCUGUGUCUCAGAUGCAGACCAAUCAGAGCACAGCACUGAGUCAGAAUGACUCUCCCUUAGCCAGCCACUCCACGGAGGGGCAGGAAAGCAGCACUCCAGCUACCCCUGCUGGAGAGCAUAUGUUGGAGCAGCCUGGUCCAGCCCAGACAAAGCCAGUGGUUGGUUCCUUGAAGAGAAAAUCUGAAUCAGAUGUGACCAAUGAGAUGACUGCCGAACCUUCUGCCCAUUGCUGUCCAUCAAUACCAGACUCCGCCCCUCCCCUCUCACCAGCACCUUCUUUGGACACUGCUCCAGAGGUUGCAUUCUCCACUCCACCGACUCUCUCUCUGCCUAUGCCGUUGCCCCGGGGUGGGGCACAGGGUGACCGAGCCCCUGUACCACAGGCUGUGGUCAAACCACAGGUGCUGACUCACCUUAUUGAAGGUUUCGUUAUCCAGGAGGGAGCAGAGCCUUUCCCUGUGACUGGUCCAGUAAAAGAGCGGGCAGAGGGCGUUCCUGUUGCUGUACCACUUGCCAUGCAGUCUGAGAACAGUGCUCCCGCUGUGCUGAAGUGUGAAUUCUGUGAGAGCUUCGCCCCAGCCAGCCAGUUCCGUGGUUCCAAACGUUUCUGCUCCAAGACCUGCGCUAAGAGGUACAACGUGAGCUGCAGCCAUCACUUCCGUACGAGCCGGGGCCGCAGUGGCGGAGAGCAGCAGCCAGGGGGCACUCUAGCACAGGAUGUGAUUGCCAGGCGUAGAGGUCCUCGCAGGAGUAGCUCAGAGAUUGCCUGUGCUAAAAUUGCAGGCAGACAUCUUCCAGUAAAGUGUCGCUCUGAGUCCAGUCGUUCAGAAGACAUUUCCAGCUGUGAGGAAGAGGAAGAAGACUCCCUCUCUCCAAGCUCUUCAUCCUCAUGUCCUCGCCCCGCCCACUGUGGCCCACAGCGGGAUGAUGCAGCCCCAGGCACCCUUCUGUUGGAUGGGGAGCACUUCCUCCCAGCUAGUCCCGCCCACUGGAGUGUGGAGGAAGUGUGUCGGUUCAUUUCAUCCCUGCAGGGUUGCGAGGACCUAGCAGGUCAGUUCCUCUCCCAGGAAAUUGAUGGACAGGCACUGCUGUUGCUCAAGGAAGAACAUCUCAUGACCACCAUGAACAUCAAGCUGGGUCCUGCCCUCAAGAUCUGCGCCUACAUCAACAACCUCAGAGACUGAAUGGGACUGAGAGAGAGGGGCAUGCCAGGAGGGGUGGAGUAGGGUGGAGCUGUGAGUCCAGGCGUGGACAUCUUCUUCUUCUUCUUUUUUCUUUUUUCUUUUUCUUUUUUUUUUUACCAACAUAACAGACAUGAUUGAGCGAGAAGAAAACAUCAGUCCUUUGGGUCAGGGAGUCAGGAGGGAGAGGGGAGGGACCAGGAAGAUGACACAAUUGCCUUCAGGGACUCAACACAGCAAUGGACUACAAAGACUUCCUGUGUCUGGUUUUAGUCUUGUACCACAUGGCCCUCUGGUCGUAGUUCCGAGGUUUAAUGUUGGGAGGAGGGCAGGCUGCUUGUGACCCUUCUGGACACUGACUGUGCUAAUGUGUGUUUUGGCUUACCACGUGUGCUGAGACACUGAUGUACCAGCGUGUGACAGAAGAGAAGAGAACCAGGGAACCAGGCGUGCACGCGUGUCCGUCAACCACGUCAGAGUUAUUACUGUGUGAGUGGCAAGGCGGGCAGAAGAUGGUAUUACCCGUAUAGUGUAGCUAACCAGUAGAAUCAACCAUGACUGCGUUGCCUUAUUCAGUACUGUAGUGCUUUGUGUAGUGUUACGGGCGCGGAGGUCUGUCUCCAUAAUGACUGCGGUUUCCAUUCACCGCUCACAGCCUGCAGUCAGGUGUACAACAUGGCCAGACUGUUACUCCUGUUGCUGUUGGAGGUGUUUUUCCCAUUUCCAGGUGCUUCUAAAGCCUUGUUUAUGAAGUCAGUAACAAGGUGGGUGGAUGUGCAGCCAAUGUGGGUGGAGCUUAUGACCACGCCUCUCUAGCCAGUAUUAACGAGUAGUUGUUUCGUUUUUGUUUGUUUAAGUGCAUACAGAAAAAUACAGGCACGUGUCAGAUACCCAAUCAUAGAUUUUUUUUUUUUCUACAGUAGCUGAUUGUAGGAGCUUUUUUUUAAAAUUUGUAUUAAGAAAAAAAAUAUUAUUUUCAUUUUUUUGUAGGGCAAUGUUAAACUUCGAUUAGGUAGAUAUCAGUAGGUAGACCUGUGAUGACCUUUGUAGCACCUGGGUGUGAAGGAACAUGCAGGAGGGAGGAAUCUGUUCUGAGGUGGCCACACCCACCACUGUGACCUGUUUCUUUGUGUUCAGAAAUAUGAAUAAAACAGGUGCUCCAGUCAU